AUGUUGGCGUGUAAAUUAAUUUCCGAAGGCCAGACUUUGGACUUGAGGAGGACGUGGGCUAAUUUCCCGAUAGCCUGCAAGCUAGCGCCCAUCCCAGAGGGAGGCGCUGCUGCCGACGACGGUGAGGAGCAAGAAGAGGAUGAGGUGCCGCUUGUUCGGAAGAGGCGAGCUGCUGAGGCCACCCGAAACCCUGAUGCGGACCGAGCUCUAUCGGGGGCAUCAGCCGGUCCCUCCGGCCAAGGUGAGGAGAUGGCACAGCGAGGGGAACCUGACAUCCACUUGAUGUUCCAAGAAGGGAGAUCCAGCUCAGGUCCCCUUGUGAAGAAAAUCUGGCUCUCAUCAAAGAAGACACCUCCCCCGGCUGCGACUGCGGUCUUGGCUCAACAUCACAGCAUAGCUCGGGCCAGGGCCAAGAAUGAUGAACUUAAGGCCGAGCUCCAGACUGCUCAGGCCACCUUGACUGCGACUCAAGCUGCCCUCGUCGCCACUCAACAAGGUGAACAAAGUGCCAAUGCUGCCUUGACGGCGGCCCAAGCAGGCAAGCAGGCGGCAAAGGCCGCCUUAGCUGCGGCUCAAGAGGGUAAGCAGGUGGCAAAGGCUGCCUUAGUCGCAGCUCAAGAGGGCGAGUAA